CUCAUUUGACAGCUCGGGCGCGUGUGUUGCUUUUUGACAGAAAACCAUCCGUGCCGUGUUCACUGUCUGUCUGUGUUUGUCUUUUGUGUAGUGCGCCGCCCAAGUAGUGGUGAUUUUUCUUUCUGCAUUUUCGAUUCGGUCACAAUUUUCUGCGAAGAUCCAAAACAAAUCGCAACAUGGCCAACGUAAAUCUGGCUUCGGUGGUGCUCCGCAAUGCCCUGCGGCAGAAGAUGGGCGUUCGCUUCUCGCACGACAUGAUUGCCCAGAAGAUCGGCAAGCGCGAAGUCGUCGGCCACGGCUGGAACGGACUGCCGGUGUACGCCGAUCGCGUCGACUACCCGAUGCCGGCCAUCCGCUUCAAGGAGGUCACCCCCGACGUUAUGGCCCUGCGCGAAAAGGAGAAGGGAGACUGGAAGAAGCUGUCCAUGCAGGAAAAGAAAGCCCUGUACCGUGCUUCGUUCUGCCAGACCUUCUCCGAGAUUAAGUACCCGACCGGCGAGUGGAAGUUGAGCGUCGGCUUCGGUCUGAUUGUCCUCUCGAUGAGCUUGGCCACCAUGAUGCUGAUGAAGGCCUUCGUGUACGACGACAUCCCGGUAACCUUCGACGACGAGCACCAGAAGGCUCAGCUCAAGCGUAUGCUGGAUCUCGGCGUUGGCAACAUUACCGGAUUGUCGUCCAAGUGGGACUACGAAAACAACAAGUGGAAGUAAACGGCCGCUUCUGCUUCCGGGUGGACGUGGGAUACUUAGUUGGUAAAUGUGUAUUAUAAAAUCCUAUCUUAAAUUGGCACCAGCUAGAGGCGUACGUUGGGUCUCGAGCCACUGAUUCCAGUAGGCUGAACAAUAAAAUGAUAAAGAAAAAUCAUGCUAAAAA